CGCUGCCAGCACCAGCACCAGCACCACCAUGCAGACCACAGCCGGAGUGCUCCUCGCCUUGGUCGCCGCCCUCGCCGCCCGCUGCGCGGAUGGGGGAGUGCAGACGUGCAACGCUUCGUCACCGGACUUCCAGCUGUGCGUGCGCGCUGCCCUCCAGCAGCUGAUUCCGGAGCUUGCGUCAGGAGUGCCAAGCAUCGGAGCAGAAGGUGUGGACCCUCUGCGUGGUCUGCCGCCCGUCGUCCACAACUCGAACGGCUUCAAAGUGCAGCUGGACGACGUCUCCAUCAGCGGGCUGUCAGCGACCCUCAUCAACGACGUCAAUGUGGAUCUGACGUCGAACACAAUCCGUAUCCAGGCAACAGUCCCUGGUCACAUCACAGCGACUGGUGUCCAGACUACCGAUGCAGAGAUCAUGGGCAUUCCCCUGAAAGGAAGUGGUCCAUUCACCAUUAGUCUGGCCAACCCCUCUGUGGCCGUGACGCUGACGGGAGCUCCCAGCGCCGGUCCAAACGGCCAGACGUACCUGCGGCUCACCUCUGCCAGCGCCGCCAUCGAACCCGGAACCCCCACCGCCGACAUCAAGGGAUUCUUCCCGCAGUUCCCACCUCUCGAGGCCGCUGCCAGCGCCUUCGCCAGCGUGGUCGCGCCGGACGUCGUCCAGAGCCUGAAGCCGACGCUGGACAAGUGGCUGGGAGGCGUCGCGCUGCAGCGCGCGCAGGCCGUGUUCAGCUCGGUGCCGUACGACGCGCUGUUCCCCGGGCGCACGCCCGCCGUCGUCGGCCUGUACAGGGCCGUGCCCGCGCUGCACGCGCUGCCGCUGCCGCUGUCGGCGUUCGCCUACCACAAGUAGGCUCGCAGCGACGCUACACAGUCCCUCUGAGGGACGCAGCAGUACAACUCUUGCUCACAUUUUCUGGUUCGCCCAGUUACCACCUAGUAUUAUUAUUUUCUUUAUU